GUGACGUCUCUAAACACGCGUGAGCAAAUAGCAUCAACUAUCUAGGAUGUCUCGCAAACGGAAAAGAGCAAUAAUUGUUCUUCUAGUAUCGGUAACCCUAUAUGUUUCCACGUUACAAGUAACCCAUUCAGUCAGUCUCAGACAAAAGGAGGAUGACUUAAGGACUUACCAGCAUGAAAAGCCAACAGUUCACAGGUGGGAAAGGAUUGAAAGUCACCCCGACUUCGAGCAGCGGGAUUUGCGUUGGGUUGAACAUGUUAUUAAGCGUCCACAACUGCGCCAAGCUAACCAACCUGAUAUCAGCGAGCUUCGGCCAGUCCCGGAAUAUAAAGUAAAUAAACCGGACGGAAAUGACAGGAGCUUCGCGCUUAAUGGCUCCUUUUGGACAAUUGGUGAAAUCAGCCCACUGUCAUGGUCUUCCUCUUCCAGCUCCAGAGAUGGAUAUCAAGCAGAUUCUACGGGUUUUGAUGGGGUCAAGGGGAAAGUUUUGGGCCCAUCGUUGGACGCAAGCCCACUCUACAAGACUUGGCAGACCAUGAGGCCUUUGGUGCACUGCGAUAAUAAUGUCAUGACCUUCACAGCAUCUGGAGGAGGACUCCCACACCUGUUAGUUGACAGAGGAGCAGCCUCUCCCAUCUCCCCAUUCCACCUACCCCCGUACUGUGGUUACUCAGUGAGGACAACAUGGAGUGACCUUGAGAUGAUGGUGCCUUAUGAUGCAUGUUACAUCACGCAAGAGAAUGGCAGUUAUGUGUUGCCCCUGUUGUGGGGAGGAAGCCCUCUGAAGCUCUCCUGCCCAGUGCAAGUGUCCACUCCUGCUCCCUCUUCCUCACACUCGGCCCCUUCAGUCUUCUGCUCCCCCUAUGGCAUUGGAGUUCAGAUACCAUGGCAGGAACAGGACAUGCCCAUGAUGGGAGUCAUAGUGAAUGGAGCCCUAAGUCCAUUUGUGUCUGCUGACUGUGCGUACCCCAUCCACUCCCAUCCUGGACAGCUUGCCUUCUUCAUCUCCACUACUGCUCUCUGUAUCACCACUGAAGAUAGCCUUCAACUCAAGCUUAUAUUAGAUGACAAGGGAUACAUCCUCUCCUGUCCAGUCAAUCCUCAGAUUCUCUAUGUUCCCUCUCCCCCUUCAUCUCCUCCUCUGGCUCCUGGUGACCCUCAGUCUCCCUAUUUACCAGGUCAUGUUAGUCCUCCUCCCACCUCCCCUCCACCACCUCCUCCUCAACCUCCAACUCAGGGGCAGAUUGCUCAGCUUCCUGAACACCCCUACAACCCCUACCCCGGAUUCCAUUACCACCAGCUUCCCCAGGUCUAUCCUCCUGGCCCACAGCCUGCCCACCCCCCUCGACCCACUCCUUACAGUCCACCUGGGUCACAGCCAGAGCUCUCUAUCCAACCCUCUGAGCCUGGAAAGCUGCCCCUUUCUCCUAGAGGGUUCUCAAAAUCCCCUCCCCAUUCUCACCAGACAACUGAAAUACCAGAUAUUGGCCAUAAUCAAUAUCCAUCAGGUGGGUAUUACCCUUAUGUGCCAUUUUACUACCCGACUGUGACCCCUGCUCCAACCCCUACAACCAAAAAAACUCAGGCUAAUAAAGUUCCUCCAUCUACCCAGCCACCCCAACCUCCAGCACAUCCUUACUACCCUCUGUAUUAUCAUCAGAUCCCCCACUAUUCUGAACCAGCUGCCCAAGCACCUGCUUCUCUCCAGCCUAGUCCACGAUCUUACCCACCUCCCUCGCCUCCAAAACAACCUCAAGAGCCAUCACAGCACCUAGUCGAUCCAUUUUAUCCACCUGCCGCUUAUAGUUCCUACUAUCAUUAUAUGCAGUGGUAUCACAUGAAACCAGGUCUCGACCAAGUCUCCACUUCCACUCCCUCCUCACCUUCAACCAUCGCAACUAAAGUUUCCAAACAGCCUCAUCCUCAGAUUCCAGAAUCUCCACCACCAACCUGUCCCCCAUUUAGCCACACCAUAUGCAGCUACUACCCCUACACCUAUUAUCCCUAUUACCAUCUUCCCUAUCCACUAUAUUACCAGCCACCUUACCCCCCUGUGCCCCAGUAUCCUCAGAUCCCACCACCAAAAACCACCAGCACCACCACUACUACUACAGCUUCUACCACCACAAGUUCUACAACCUUAAGUCCACCCAAGCCCACUCCACAGACACCCCAUCUUCAGUGUCUGGUGGGGAGGAUGGUUGUUUUUCUUCCCUUUGCUCACCCAGACUCCAUCCAGGUCAGAGACCAGAAGAAGUUGUGGCUUUUCCUGUCCAGUGUUCCUCCAAGGUGUGGGUACGCGCUGCAGGUUGCUGAGGGCCCUGGGGUGUUCCUUCACUCUCCACUGCCUGCCUGCCACAGCCAGCAGAGGACUCCCACUACCAUUUCCUUACCCUUAAGGUUUUGGGACCUUUCUUUGGGCCAGUAUAGGACUCUGGACUUGCAGUGCCCUUAUAAAACUGCCCCUAAAACUCCUGCACUAACUCCUCCAACACCACCCCCUACCCUCCCAGACCACACCAAGAGCAAGCCUCGUCUGCCUGUCAUCCCAAAGCCUGAAGUCUUCUGCUACUCCCAUCAGAUGAAUGUGGAGCUCCCCCCUGGUCCCAUCUCUGAAAUUGUUGUUAAGGACAUCAGAGGGAAUCAGAUGAACCUUCAGGAUGCCCCAAAGCUCUGUGGGUAUUCUGCAAAAAAAGGCAAAGAUGGCAAAGUCCGUUUAAGUUUGCAGUUGCAUUCACGCUGCCACAUGAGCGUGCAGGGUAAAAUGUAUGUCAUCACUGUCUACUACAUGACAGUAAAUGGGAGACGGGAGGCUCAGUUUUCAUGUCCAGUGGUUAUCCGAACAUCUGGACAAGAGUGCAAACUUCCCAGCGAACAGCAUCUUCCCUGCGGACAUGGCUCUGUAUCCCAGCCACAGUGCCUCUCUAUGGGCUGCUGCUUCAACAAGCAACCCCCUGCCUGCUUCUACCCCAUGGACGAGUGCACUAUUGACCGCCACUUUGUCUUCUCGGUGCCUACCUCCCUCACUGAGCCCCCUCUGUCACCUGCCCUGCUUGUUGCUGCUGGUAACUCCACCUGCAAACCUCAGAGGGUGAUGUCUGACUACGCCUUAUUCAAGAUCCCCAUGGAUGGCUGUGGGACACGCAGAGUGAUGGUGGGGAAAACUAUAAUCUACAUGGUGGAGGUCAUCAGUAAGGUUCAGACAAUCAGCCUCAACUACGGCACAAUAACAAGGGAUUCUCCUGUCAGGUUGUUGGUGGAGUGCCGGUUUGUGCCAAAUACUCUUCUAAGUGUCAGCUACAUGGUCAAAACUCCCACUCUUGGGCCUGAAGUUCAGACCCAGGGGAUGUUUGGAGUUCAGCUCAGGAUCGCCAAAGACGCCACAUACAGCAGCUAUCACCCUCAGUAUCACCAGCCCCUGCAGAUGCUGCUAGGGAAACCCCUCUACUUGGAAGUACGACUACUCAACUCCCCAGAUCCAAAUUUGGUGCUGCUGGUUCACUUCUGUGUGGCCUAUCCCCGCUCUGGCAAAGCUGUGUGGCUGCUGCUUUACAACGGAUGCCCUAAUCCCUUGGACCCAGCAUCGCAGCAGGCUGUUCUGUUUGAUCCUCCACCACCCUCUCCACGGGCCCAGACCCGUCGCUUCACUGUCAGCACCUUUCAGUUCCUGCCGGAUGGUGAGUUCAAGGACUCAGAUGAGGAGAUAUACUUCAUGUGUUCAACUGAAAUCUGCUCACCCCAGGAUGGGCCCUGUGUCGAGGGAUGCUUUGGCCAGUGACAUUACACCAUGGAAGAGGCUUCAAGUUGGUGUGGGAGAUGAUGAUCUGGCUUGACAUCAUCCCUUGAACCAUCAAUAAAAGUUCUUAAAAGAG